AUUAUAAAUUAUAAAUUAAUCGGGGAGUAACAGAGUGGGCUAGAGGGGGAUUUCCAUCCAUGCCCCUGCUUUGCAUCUUCCCAAAAUGUCAGUGUCACCUUACCAAAAAAGUAUUUAUAUCUAUGUGGUGCAUGCUGGCUACGCCACACCCCUUUCAGUCUAUUUCCUGCCCUCUGAGCGCUUGUUUUGCAGGUCCCCUCUUGAUCCUGCAGCCUAUUCUAAAAGGGUAGGAGAAGUCUGCUUCCUUUUUUGCACCAGACCUGAGUUGGGUCACUGUGGUAGGGAGUCACCUCUUGCUGGUCUCUUUGCUGGUGGUACCUCAAUGGUCUUGGAGCAAUCCAAAUCAACCCAAGUCUAACCAGAUAUCCUCAAGUUCUCUGUACUUGCGUCAAAGUUUCAGCACUUCAGCGUUGUUCACUCGGCUUCUUCACCCAACAUCCAAGUUUCCCUUCCGUCUUUCGAGAAACGCUUCCAUGGAUCAGUCGAAGUACCGCAUGGCGGGCGUGCAGGACAAGCUGGAGGUGCUGGGGGUGGAGGACGAUGCAGGCAAUCCCAUCAGUGCCCUGACCAUCCUGUCGCUGCUGGAGCGUGUGGCAGGCAUCAUCGACAACGUUCAGGCUGGCCAGCAGCGCAUGGAGGAGCGGCAGCUGGAGCUGGAGACCAACAUCAACACCAUCCAGGGUGAUGUCCUGAAGCUUGCCAAAGACCACACCACCACCAGUGGCACCGUGGAGAAGCUGCUCCAGAAGACGCGUAAGGUCAGCUCCAAUGUCAAGGAGGUGCGCAUGCGCGUAGAGAAGCAGAACGUGCGCGUCAAGAAGGUGGAGACCACACAGGAGGAGCUGCUGACCCGUAACAAGUUCCGCGUCAUCAUUUAUCAGGUAAUUAAGUAAUAUAAUAAGCUGCAAUAAUAGUAACUGAUAACAUUCACAAUCAGAUGUAGAAUGCACCAAUAGGUUACAUAAGGAAACUGUAACUGAAAAGCUCCAAAAGGAGGCAGGGCAGAGCUACAAAUAAAGAGGCCAAUGAUACAAAGGCCACAGGGCCAUGACGGCCACUUCAAAAAAUUAGUUAGCAGUUAAGAGCGUAGGGCCAUAAACCGAAAGGUCGUUGGCUCGAAUCCUGAGACAACUAAAUGAAAAACCUGUCGAUGUGCCCUUGAGCAAGGCGCUAAACCCUAAUUGCUCCUGUAAGUCGCUCUGGAUAAGAGCUUCUGCUAAAUGAUGUAAAUUUAUUUUACAGAAACAAUUAUCUUUGGUCUAAGGUGAAAAAGACUUCACAGAAGUCAUGAAAAAAACAGUUACAGUUUAUGUCUUAGAUGAAAAUAGAUACUAGGUAGCCUAAAAGAGACUUCAAGCCUUCUGUUUUAAUAGGAGAAACAGCUCCCGUUAAAGGGACUUCCGGGUGCAAUGAGAGCUCUGUGUGCUUUCCCCUGAAAGAAGCAGCUGCUGUGUGGCCGUGACAGAGAGUCCUAUUCUGGGAGCAUGGCAUACUCCCCGCUGCCAAUGGGGACACGAUAAACUGACUUCUUAUUUGGCAGCAGACUGCUAGGGCCAAUCUGAAGAAUGAAGGUCUGCCAAUCACGGUGACCCCGCUUUGGGGCAACCUCUUACUAGGCUAACGAGAAAGCGAUAUCAGCAGUCAGUGGGUGUCACAUGUAUUUAUUGUAAAAUAAUGAAGACGGUAGUGAUUUCUUGUGUAGCGAUCAAUGUUGGAAAGACGAUUUUUAAUGACAUUUUUAAUGGGGCCAUUAGCUCUCAGAUAAGUCAUGGCAUUUGAAACACCAUAGCUUAAAAAAAAAACUACGCUCGAUGUCCGCUCCCCCGCUGAAAUUGAAUUUGCAUAAUAAAAAAAUCCCCAGAAAAAUCAGUCAGUUUAAGCUAGAGAUAUCUUUUUACAUCUCAAUGAAUGGAAGUACAGUACCAGUCAAAAGUUUGGACACACCUACUCAUUCCAGGUUUUUUCUUUAUUUUUACUAUUUUCUACAUUGUAGAAUAAUAGUGAAGACAUCAGAACUAUGAAAUAACACGUGGAAUUAUGUAGUAACCAAAACAGUGUUAAACAAAUCAAAAUAUAUUUUAUAUUUGAGGUUCUUCAAAGUAGUCACCUUGAUGACAGCUUUGCACACUCUUGGCCUUCUCUCAACCAGCUUCAUGAGGAAUGUUGAAGGAGUUCCCACAUAUGCUGAGCACUUGUUGGCUGCUUUUCCUUCACUCCCAAACCAUCUUAAUUGGGUUGAGGUCGGGUGAUUGUGGAGGUCAGGUCAUCUGAUGCAGCACUCCAUCACUCUCCUUCUUGGUGAAAUAGCCCUUACACAGCCUGGAGGUGUGUUUUGGGUCAUUGUCCUGUUGAAAAACAAAUGAUAGUCCCACUAAACGCAAACCAGAUGGGAUGGUGUAUUGCUGCAGAAUGCUGUGGUAGCCAUGCUGGUUAAGUGUGCCUUGAAUUCUAAAUAAAUCACAGACAGUGUCACCAGCAAAGCACCCCCACACCAUCACACCUCCUCCUCCAUGCUUCACGGUGGGAACCACACAUGCGGAGAUCACCGUUCACCUACUCUGCGUCUCACAAAGACAUGGCGGUUGGAACCAAAAAUCUCACAUUUGGACUCCAGACCAAAGGACAAAUUUCCACCGGUCUAAUGUCCAUUGCUCGUGUUUCUUGGCCCAAGCAAGUCUCUUCUUCUUAUUGGUGUCCUUUAGUUGUGGUUUCUUUGCAGCAAAUUGACCAUGAAGGCAUGAUUCACGCAGUCUCCUCUGAACAGUUGAUGUUGAGAUGUGUCUGUUACUUGAACUCUGUGAAGCAUUUGUUUGUGCUGCAAUUUCUGAGGCUGGUAACUCUAAUGAACUUAUCCUCUGCAGCAGAGGUAACUCUGGGUCUUCCUUUCCUGUGGCGGUCCUCAUGAGAGCCAGUUUCAUCAUAGCUUGUGAUGGUUUCUGCGACUGCACUUGAAGAAACUUGAAAUGUUCCGUAUUGACUGACCUUCAUGUCGUUUCUCUUUGCUUAUUUGAGCUGUUCUUUCCAUAAUAUGGACUUGUUCUUUUACCAAAUAGGUCUAUCUUCUGUAUACCCCCCCCCCCCCCCCCCCUACCUUGUCACAACACAACUGAUUGGCUCAAAAGCAUUAAGAAGGAAAGAAAUUCCAGAAAUUAACUUUUAACAUGGCACACCUGUUAAUUGAAAUAUAUUCCAGGUGACUACCUCGUGAAGCUGGUUGAGAGAAUGCCAAGAGUGUGCAAAGCUGUCAUCAAGGCAAAGGGUGGCUACUUUGAAGAAUCUCAAACAUAAAAUAUAUUUUGAUUUGUUUAACAUUUUUUUGGUUACUACAUGAUUCCAUAUGUGUUAUUUAAUAGUUCUGAUGUCUGCACUAUUAUUCUACAAUGUAGAAAAUAGUAAAAAUAAAGAACAAACCUGGAAUGAGUAGGUGUGUCCAAACGUUUGACUGGUACUGGUAUAUGGAGACUGUUUAGUGCCAAAAAUAAGGUGUUAAAUACAUGUACUAAACAAAUAACACCUUUUUCCCCCUGAUCUUUCUUCUAUCUCCCAGAUAUAGGACAGACACUUCAGAACAAACUUAGACUCUUAUGGGUAAUGGCAAAUCAUUAUAUAUGACUGAACUUUUAAGGCCUAGGGGCUAGCUUUUCAUAUAAAUAUUUGAGGGUUAUUGUGUCAGUCUCUGUAGUCAACAUUAAAAGAUGGCUUCUGAAUAUGAUUGUUAUACUACACUUUACAUUAAGUGUAUAGUGAAUCUCAUAUUUCCUCUAUGAUGAUCCCUAGGAGGGGCUUAAUCUCCCUCUUGCCUGAAUAGGACAGUCUGAGUGUAGGAUUUCCAGAUGACUGAUUUGCUGCCGGUUAUUCUGAGGGCCUGGCUAGCAGGGCAUGGAUAUCCUAAUAUAGUGCUUUUGCCUCUGACGCAGCGAUGGCCAUUUAACUUUAGUUAGGAAGCAAGCACUGUUUGUUAUAGAGACAGUCAUUGCCAGUGGCAAAGCAUGGCAAGACUGAAAAAUGGGACACAACAGCUCAGCAUGGGCCAGUAAUAAGACACAGAUAAAUGGCUGUAGUUUCUGUGGGGGUGGCAUUGUUUUGAGGAUAGAUUUUGGGCAUAUAAAGCCAAACUUUCAUUCGAAGCUAGAAUUAACCAACACAAGGUAACAACAUUUUUGUCAAAGUAAUGUAUAUUCUGUAUAGCAGCAAGUUCUUUGUUGUAGCAGUCAAGCUGACGUUAUCCCUUUUUGGGGGGGUUAUACAUUAUAGGACUUUUUAACGCAUGACUGGCUUUAUGCCAAUCACAUGGACAUCAUAUAUCUUAUACAGACACUGAUUGGCCAGCUACUGUAGGGUUGACAGAGAGAAUUUAGAACUUAUUGUGCAGACUCCUACUCUGUACCACGAGCCUGAGCCGUCCAUGUACUGUUAUGUAACCAUGACAACAGAGGCACCAAUAAGGUCAGAGUUCAACAUGAAUAAAGCACCAUCGAACGCACACCAUCAGUUGACGGAAGCACAAUGUGGUUGUGACCAAUGACGGUCAUCUUAUGGGUGGUUGUCAUGUCGGUCGGCCAAUAAUCUAUUAUUAAUUGCCUGGCAACAUCAGGUAUGAAAAUAAAUAAAUAUGCUGGCCCACAUUCCCUUGUGGUGUAAUUGUUGUGUCAUUCACAGAGUCUGGGCAUGUUCAGACGACUUACCCUCUUGAUUAAUGAGAGUGAUUGUUGCAGGUGGCUGAAUCUUUAUUAUAAUUAAUUGGGUCUCAGAUUCAAAAGUCACCUGCAGAACCCAGCAGGUUGCCCAGUCAUCAGAAGGGGGGGCACUACCGCUUUUUAGGAAUUCAUAAUAGAGAGGGAGAUUCAGCAAUUAGGCCUAGUAUCACAUAGUGCUAGAAAUGCAAGCUAAGUGUUCAGUUGUAACACUAGAAGUGCUUGUUAAUGGCACAUCUUUCAAUGCUAUUCUUGGGUUUAUAAUUUAUCAUGUUUCUCAUACGCUUCUCAUGUUGUGGGCUAUGUUGUCUGAGUUAUUUGCUGAGAACACCCACUCAUAGAUGUCCAUAUGUUGCGAACUGCAAUGAUACAGUUUAGCAUAUCUUUGAGAAACGGAUCUUUCCACCAACCUCUGUGAUCCCUGUAGAAAAAUUGGUCCAUGGUAUUGAGUGGUUACUGGCAUGUAAUAUAAAGCCCAGCGGGACAUAUACUGUUGCAACCUCAAAGGGCAAACUCAAAGACAUAGCAACCGUUACAAAGCCAAACAUCCCCUCUACAACUGAUAGGGAGAGAAGAGAAAGCUUGUGUAAUUUCUCCAUAAUUGCCCAAAAAGUGCACAGUCAAGCAGACCCGGUUUCAAAAUGUAUGUUUUUCCUUUCAAAGACUUUGAGCAUUUGAUUGAGCGUUUCUGGAACGCCAGAUGGUUGGCAAUUUUGGGACUAUUCCAUUGCACCAGGCAAACUUAAUCAAGUAAGAAAAAAUACAAAUACUAUUUGAACCCAGGUCUGCACUCAACCAUUGGCUAUAUAACUUAAGAAGCCAACCCAUAUUAUUGUACUUUAAAACACUUCAUUUGCCUUUCUCUAGGGGGAACAUGAGAUCCCUUCGGUGGCCGUGACAAAGACCCCAAAAGGAGCGGUUGGUAUGGAGGGGUUGGUGAUCGAGCCAGACACCUACAAUGUCCCCGAGGACAUCUCCUCAGACGAGGAAUACAUGACGGUGGACGAGACUGAAGGAGGCUCCAAAACCGCCCGCCUGAAGGCGUCAGGCAUGAAGGGCAUUGAAAGCAUUAAGCACGCCUUCUCCAAGGAGACCAUGACUAAGACCAAGGACAACUUGGGCACCAAGUUCCACAACAUGGGCGAGAAAAUGGUGCCCCCCGAAAGACGGGAGAAGAUGCACCAGGCCGGCGAGCGUAUCAAGCACUCUGGCGAGAGGCUGAAGGAGAACAUUGCGAAGAAAGCCCCCACCAAGGAGUCCUUCCGCAUCAAGCUGAAGAAGGAGAGGACCGUGGCCGAGGGCCAGGAGGGAGCUGAGGCUGAUGGGGAGGUCGAUGAGGCGGUGACCCCAGUCAAGGGAAGGAAAAGCCCGGAAGUCAGUAAAACCCCGGUAGUAACCUACACAGAGGUGGUAACGGAGGUGGAAACCAAGAGGGAGGGUCCCGUGGAGGAGCCGGCCGUCAUCAGGAUAGGGGAGGUAGGGAAAUUCGCUGUGGAGGCAGUGGAAGAGGGCAAGGAGGACGAAUACGACAGGAAGUAGAUCUCCAGCAUGUUGCCGCAACACAACGACAAGUCACCAAAACAGGAAGUGAAGCCGGGUAGGAAGAAAGCUUGCAGUGUCUUGCAAGAGAGAUGGUCUGUGACGAAUCAACAUCGACGACAGACAAUUUACAUUAUCAAUCCGUAUAAAAAUCAAAGAGAUACUUGUAUUGGAUAUGGAUACUGACCAGUCUACAGAGGAGUGGAAAGAGUUCUGUGACUGACCUGGUAAUCUAUAAAGAUUGUGUUUCUGGGGUGUCAGAUGUUGGUAGGUUAGUGACCCACUAUCACGUCAUUGAAAUUAGCUGCUUUUAUUUUUAACUUUGGAAUUAUCUUUAUUGAGAUAAUGUACAUGGACACAUUCACACACGAACACAGAGAAAGGUGUAAGAUUGAACCUGUUUAUGGAAAUAUGUAUUGGGAUGAAUUCAGGUCAGUGGGUGUUUGGGGCAACAGUACGUCAGUAUUGGACACAUUGGGAACUAAUGUACAUGAACUGCUAUGUUGAGUUUGCAGUUGGUUUAGGCGUUAAAGUUAAGUACACACAAAAACAAAUUGCUCCCAGAUGUUUGGUUGCUAACUGAUUUCUUUGAGAUGAAAGACUAGUCAAGAAAAAGCGCUCGCAAGUUAGAAAUUAAUUUGCACAAAGUGUUUGGAGGGGAAAAUAGUUUAACUGAAGGGAGAAAAGAGAGAUUGCAAAGUACCUUUGAGAUGAUUCUGAAUGUUGAGGAAGUUUGUGUAUGAUAUUGAUCUUAAAUCUGAAUGUAAAAUGUUGUACAUAGCAUAACCGUAAUCAUGAAAUUGGUCAACACAGAUCUCAGCUGGUCUCUGAAGAGUUUGAAAAAGUAAAGCUAUACAGAUAUAAAGCUACUGUUUAUAUAGUACCAGUCAAAAGUUUGGACACCUACUCAUUCAAGGGUUUUU